UCUACAAGUGGACAAAUAAAUGAUUUAAUUCAACAACUUCGCGGAGCUGCUAAUACUUUAAACGCGUUAAUGGAAUCGGAUUCUAAUAAAAAGUCUAUUCGUGCGAACUUAAGUUUUAGUUCUGAUGACUCAAUUCUCGACCAAGAUAUCAAUAAUUAUGGCACCGCUGAAGGAAGUUAUCAAUAUACAACAAAUAACACUCCAGAAAUUGAUAUCGCUCUGGAGAAACUUCCUGAUAAAAGAAAACCUCCUAACAUGCUCACAGUCUAUAGAAUGCAGCCAAAAGUAUUGCAGCCGAUAAGCGAAGAAAGUCUUUUCUCAUCACCAAAACGCAAUGUAUAUUCGUCGGAUUCAUGUGAAGAAGAUUUACCGAAUGAAGAUGAAGCCUUGUCUGCGUUUGAUCACAAAUCUCAACAAACAAUAUCUAGAAUCCCUAUCAGCACAGUAAAUCGAUCUUUAACAGCUUCUCCACCAAUAAGUAAAUCUACAAUUGAUUUACCCGUAUGUCAAAAAAUGAGCACUACAUUAAAAUCAGAGGAACAAGUGUCAACCUGCAAGUCACGUCCAAAAAGAAAUCCUAAAGAUAUCGAUAUUCCAAUUGACGAAGAAAGAGGUGGCACCCGUCCGCGGAGGAGUCACCAGAAUGUAAAUUACGCAGAACCAAGCCUUCGCAGUAAAUUACGACAAGGUGAUCCGUUUACCUAUUCUUCUUAUUCGUUUGAAGAUACUGGACAACAAAAAACUCCAAAACAAAAAAGACGCAGAAAAGCAACAAAUAAUAAACGUGAAACUCAUGAUCAAAGAAAAGCUCUCUCAAAUAUUACUAAUGGUAAAGUUAAUUUAUUUGCAUACGUUCUCAACAUUUUACAAAUGUUUACACUAUCUCUUUGUUAA